CGCGCCCCCUGACGGGGCUGCCAGCGCCGCGCCCGGCCACAGCGCGCUCCCGCCGCCAUGUCGGCCCGGCGGCGGCGACGAGCGGCCGCUGACGAGGAGGAGGAGGAAGAGGAGAAGAAGGAGGCGGCGGAGGAGGAGGACGGCAGCGACAGAGAAGUGGAUUUGGAUGAAGGACUUGUUGAUUUGGAUCUCAGAAAUGAUUCUGAUACCCCUGAUGUUCCACCGCCAACAGACAGCACUCCAGAAAUCCUCAAAAGGGCUUUGUCAGGCUUGUCUGCCAGAUGGAAAAAUUGGUGGAUUCGUGGAAUUCUAACGCUAGCUAUGAUUUCUGUGUUUUUUCUGAUCAUAUACAUGGGAUCUUUCAUGCUGAUGCUUCUGGUCUUGGGCAUCCAAGUAAAAUGUUUCCACGAAAUCAUUACUAUAGGUUACAGAGUGUAUCACUCGUAUGAUUUACCGUGGUUCAGAUCUCUCAGCUGGUAUUUCUUGCUGUGUGUCAAUUACUUUUUUUAUGGGGAGACUGUGGCUGAUUACUUUGGUACAUUUGUUCAGAGAAGAGAACAGCUUCAGUUCUUAAUUCGUUACCACAGGUUCAUCUCUUUUGCACUCUACUUGGCAGGCUUCUGCAUGUUUGUUCUGAGUUUAGUGAAGAAACACUAUCGCCUGCAGUUUUACAUGUUCGCAUGGACUCAUGUCACUUUGCUGAUCACUGUAACUCAAUCUCAUCUAGUCAUCCAAAAUCUCUUUGAAGGCAUGAUCUGGUUUCUGGUGCCAAUUUCAAGUGUUAUCUGCAAUGAUAUUGCUGCUUACAUUUUUGGAUUCUUUUUUGGCAGAACUCCAUUAAUUAAGCUGUCUCCCAAAAAGACCUGGGAAGGGUUCAUUGGAGGCGGCUUCUCCACAGUUCUAUUUGGAUUUGUUUUUUCCUAUUUCUUGGCUCAGCAUCAAUACUUUGUCUGCCCAGUGGAAUAUAACAGUGAAACCAACAGAUUUGUGACAGAGUGUGAACCUUCAGAGCUUUUCCAGCUGAAGAAAUACUCUGUGCCACUAUUGCUUCAGGCUGUGUUGGGAUGGGAAACGGUGAAUAUGUACCCAUUCCAGAUGCACAGCAUUGCACUGUCAACAUUUGCCUCACUAAUUGGGCCAUUUGGAGGAUUCUUUGCCAGUGGAUUUAAACGAGCUUUCAAAAUCAAGGAUUUUGCGGACACAAUCCCUGGGCACGGUGGCAUAAUGGAUCGCUUUGAUUGUCAGUACUUGAUGGCUACUUUUGUUCAUGUCUAUAUCACCAGUUUCAUAAGGGGCCCAAAUCCCAGCAAAGUACUGAAGCAGCUGUUGGUCCUUCAGCCCGAGCAACAACUCAAUGUGUACAGAACCCUGAAAUCUCACCUUGUCGAAAAAGGGAUCCUGCGGCCAUCUUUGCGAGGAUAGUUUGUCAAAACAGAGGAAUGGUGAGAAAAAGACAUACAGACGUUGUUGUCUGUGGAAAAGCACUGUAAGUGUGCACAAAGGUAAUGGCUGAGGGAAGACUACAUCAUGAUCUGGAAGAGAUGAAUGUUUCUUUCCUUAAAGGAAUGAGAGUGCUGUGACUUUCCAAUAGGAUACAGGAGAACAGUUAUUCCUAAAAUAAUUAAAAUGCUUACAGAGUAACAGUACCCGUGCUAUGUAUUUUAUUUCCCGCAGUGAAUGGUAGCAGGCUGCCUUCAGCACUCAGCCUGACAACGUUUGUAUUUCAAGAAGUCCUUUUUAAGAUGUCCUGGAUUAGAACAGUAAGACUGAACUCCCCAUGAGCUAUACGUCCAGCAAACUUUAGUGAAAUUUCUCAAUUCACUGGUGGCUUUUAAUGAGUUCUCCAUUACUGUAUGUCAUAGCAAUAGUUUUUUGGUGUAAAGUGGUUACUGUAGUAAAAAUACAGAAGAGGAAGGCAGUUGCUCGUUUAACCAGCUGGGCGUUGAAGACAGAGUUGGCCAGAAAAUCCAUGUUUGCCUGGUCACAGCAGUGCUGAUGGACUGCUCUGUCAGACCUCCUAUAUUUACUGAGUCACUGUGAAGGUGAAACUUUGCUGUGCUUUUAACUAAUCAGCUUUCUUGUGAAACUACUUCAUCCUUUCGAGAGGGAGAUAUCUGUACUGGAGCAUACUGAGCUGAUUGGGCUGUGGAGCUGCUGUUUUUUAAAAUUAAUGUUAUGGACUGUAAAGAAGCACAUACGUCUGGGAGCAGUAAUUGCCUGAAGGUGGGAUUCUCCAACCCUGUAACCAGAUUGGAAAGAAUUUGGAGCUUAAGAUCUUGGUUUCCACAGGAUGAUCAGUGUCUGAAGACAUUAUGUCAAGCCUUAUUCCUUGUGCCUAUUUACUACUGUGUAAAAGGGGAUUUUUUUCUCCCUUUUAAAAGCACUUUGAGGUCAUGUUUUAUUCGUGUCUUACUGAGUGAAGGCAGAAACUUUUAUCUCAUGAAUGUGCGUGAUGCAAGAUGGUGCAUGGCUCUGCUGUUGCAUGGUACUGUUUACUAAGAGGAUCUUCAAGCAAGCCUGGGCAACAACAUAGGAUUCAAAUGAAUUUCUGAAGGAAGCAGCUACAGUGUAGGAUUAGUGGGAUACACGAGACAAGCUGAUGCUCUGCGUUUCUCAGUCCUGGCCGCUUUCUAACUUCUUAAUGCAAAUUAAAAGAAAAACUUUUAAGAAAUGAUAAAAAUGGUUCGUUUACAGACAGAAAGCACAAAUGCCAAUUCUAACUAAAUUCAGUAUGGUUUUUCGAACCAAUUGUGAGUAAGUUUCUCCUGCAGUGAA